AUGAGCUCUUACUUUGUAAACUCGUUCUCAGGGCGCUAUCCAAAUGGCUCCGACUAUCAGUUACUAAAUUAUGGGACUAACGGCGCUGUGAGCGGUUCCUUCAGAGACCCUGGCACCAUGCACUCCGGGUCUUUCGGCUACAACUACAAUGGCAUGGACCUAACCGUGAACCGCACCAACACCGGCAGCCACUUCGGGGCCGUGAGAGAGGAUGCCCGGGGAUUCGCGCCGGACGCCCGGUACAGACAGACGCCCAACUGCUCGCUCUCAUCUCCAGAUCCGGUGCCGCCGUCGUGCGCCACGGCCAGCCGGGAGCCGCUGGAACUAAAAAGUCCCUCUCCCCCUUCUGACCGGAGCACGACCUCGAGCGGCAGCACCCUCAACAAAAGCAACAGCGCUCAUUUCACGGAGAUCGAGGACGCCACCGUCGCCUCCGAGACCGAGGAGGGCGCGCACAGCAGCGGCGGCUCCAGCACGGCACCGCGGGCGCAGCAGCAGCAGCAGCAGCACCAGGACCCCAGCGCCACCUCCUCCACUCCCACAUCAAAUGAUUGCCAGUCGCCACAAAUAUUCCCCUGGAUGCGGAAACUGCACAUAAGCCAUGAUAUGACUGGACCUGACGGGAAAAGGGCCCGAACUGCGUACACCCGCUACCAGACGCUAGAGCUGGAGAAAGAGUUUCACUUCAAUAGGUACCUAACCAGACGGCGGAGGAUAGAGAUAGCCCACGCCCUGUGUCUUUCCGAAAGACAGAUCAAAAUCUGGUUUCAGAACCGCAGGAUGAAGUGGAAGAAGGACAAUAAACUGAAAAGCAUGAGUCUUGUGACAGGAGGCAGCGCCUUCCACAACUGA